UCAGGUUAGCGCACACACAUAUGCUUAAGUUAUAGAAGCGAUAAAAAUAUACAUGCGAUUUGCCUAAGUUUAAGUAUUAUCAUAAAUCCAUUAGAAGAGCGCUUUGCCAAAGCUGUCGUUUACCUUUCUCAAAUAAGUGUGACACGGUAUAAGCAACAAAAGCUACAAAUUGAUUGUAUCUUAGUUUUAUCUCUUGAGUAAUUUUAAGGCGUAAUCAUGGAAAAAUAUUUAAAAAAGAUGACACGAAAGGAUAACAUUGUAUGCCGCGAGAAAAUUAUAGCACGGCUGUAUUCCUUGAUCGGCGGGGUGGACGAACCAAUGCCAGAAAGCAUAUUCGUUUAUGGUCAUAUGGCUACUGGAAAGACGUUAAUUAUCCAAAGUCUACUCAAUCACUUAAAGUAUAACGUCAGCUAUGUUAAUUGUAUAGAACAUUUAGGUAGUAAACACAUAUAUAAUUAUAUCCUGGACGAUUUAGCCGCGUCUACGAGAGAAUUGAGCGCAGAUACACAAUUGAAAUACAGCUGCGGCAAUAUUAUGGAUUUUAUACUCGCGCUUAAAAAGAUUUCCCACAACGAUAAACGUCCGAUCGUGCUGGUAUUCGAUAAAUGUCAUAAGAUAAGACACUACGACGCGACCUUUUUGCCAUCGAUCUUAAGACUCAGAGAAUUAUCCGAUAUUAAUAUAUGUACGAUUUUGAUAAGCGAGAUCGUGUGGGAUAAAUUUAACACUAAGAUAGGCGCAUUGAAGCCUAUAAAGAUUUAUUUUCCUCAAUACACGAAGGACGAAUUGGCCCAAUUGCUGUUAUUAGACAAGCCAGCGAAUUACGAAGCGGAUUUUUAUAAGAAUUAUUUGAAUCUCUUUCUUUCUGUAUUUUUCCGAUUUUGUAGAGAUCUAAACGAGCUUCGGCACAUGGCCAAAAUAAAUUUUGCUAAAUACAUAGAACCCAUAGAGAGUAAGCGAAUUGAGCCGGACAACGUUGCCGCACUGUGGCGAAACAUUUCUGCGACUCUGAAAUCCAAUUUGGAAAUCAUUUAUCUUAGGGUUUCUACGGGCGAUUUCUUGCAACCCGAUCAUCAAAUGUCUCGGGAGAUUGAGUCGACGACGAAGCUAGCUUUGAGUUUUGAACUACCGUUUUACGCGAAGUACAUGCUAAUCGCAGCGUAUCUAGCUUCGUACAAUCCCGCGAAGUGCGACAAACAUAUUUUUAUGAAGCGUAGUAAGAAACGAAAGAAGAUACGGUCGAUUAGGAAAACGGGAGAAGAUGCGCCAAAGAAAUCUCGUGUCUUCACCAUCUCGAGGAUGCUCGCGAUCUUCUGCGCUAUUCUCGACGAGAAGGUAGACAUCAAUGCCAAUUUGCUAGCUCAAAUAUCUACCAUGUGCCAGCUUGGUCUACUAUCUAUCGUCGGGGAUAACGUCACGCAGUUGGAUGAAACGAAAUUCAAGUGCUGCGCAAGCCACGACUUUAUUAUCGUCGUAGCUAAGACGAUUGGCUUUGAAGUAAAGAAUUACUUGAGCACGAACAUGAAUUGAAUAUACUUCAUGUACAUAAUUCAUUAUGUUCAUCUUUAGUUACAGUUUCAUAUGUGUGCUUGUUUCUAACAGCUUUGCCUAAUGCUUUAUUGUAUGAAGAUUUCUUAAGUAUUUAAAAUCAAUUCACGUAUUCCUAUAUUUAUAUUAGAAUAAGAUUUUAUUUUUAUAUAUUUAGUAUGUAACAGUUUGUAAUGCAUAAAAUAAGUUUGGCAUAUGAGAAAUAUGAUUUUGUGUGUAAAUU